AUUGUGGUUAGAAGGUAUUUUAGUUUGAUCAAACACAACAUUAAAUAUGAGCGAGAUAUUAGAGACAGGAUAGAUUUUUCAAAACAUGACCUCGUCCAUCAGUAAAAACUGACCGUCCUCACAUUCGUGGAACUAUUCUUCUACAUGACUAUCUUCGUGUGCUUUGACUUCUGUCACAUUAGACACAAUAAACAUUCAUGCGUCCGAAAUAACCUAUAGUUUUACAUUAUGUUAAGUGUAGAGUCCAUACAAGUAGCUGAGGAGGAGGUGGUUGAAUCAAGCUCCAACCGACUCGAGGAUAUUUAUACAUUUGUAGCGCAGGGAUGUUACCCACAGUCCAUGAACCCAAUAAGAAAGAAAAAUCUUAAACGCUACGCUCAGAAGUUCAUCAUUGACGAUGGACGGUUAUAUUAUGUUGGACCCAAAAAGGAGGAGAAGCGAGAGGUGGUAAUUGAAUCAGAAAGAAAGCGUCAGAUAUUUCUAGAAUGUCAUUUGAAUGAUAUUGGCCACCACCUCGGGCAGAAGAAGACCGUCCAUCGGAUUCAGUGCAAAUAUUACUGGCUUGGCAUAGUCAAGGACGUGGUGGAUUGGAUAAAAGUGUGUGAAACCUGCCAGCACACAGAGAGGAAUAAAAACAUGACCAGAGUAAUUCGGCCAAUUAAGGUGGAUGGUCCUUGGGAAGUUAUUGCAGUUGAAAUAUUAGGUCCAUUUCCUGGGACAGUGCCAGCUGGGAACAUGCAUGUGGUUGUAAUCACGGAUUACUUUAGCAAGUGGGUGGAGGGUUUUCCAGUCCAAAGGACAGAUUCCCUUUCUGUAGCACGAUGCAUCUCUACAUCUAUUUACAGGUUUGGGUCACUGAAAACGAUUUGCGUCUGCCAAACAGCAGACUUUUGUGAGGAGGUCUCAAAGCACCUUUGUGAGAGGUGGAACAUAGUUCAGAGGGUGUCCUCUGUAGACCAGUCCCAGAGAAAUGCCCUAUAUGACCAGAGCAGUAGUCUUUUGAAGAAUGCCAUCAAGGACGUUGUGUCAGAAAAGCAGCUAGACUGGGAUGAUUUCAUUGAUCCAGUGCUGUCCUUGUUUCGAACAUCAACAAACCCUACCACCAAGUUCACGCCGUAUUGCUUAAUGUUUAAUAGGAAAGCCAUUAUGCCCAAUGAGGUUAACCUGAUGAAACUGGAGCUGCUUGCUCAUGACAGUGGGGAGACAUAUGGCUUAAAUGAACAGGGAGUCAUGAGUUUAAUGAGCACCAUGCAGGAGCAACAUAAUGCUGUCAGACAGCUGGUUUUAGCCAACAUGAACGCCACUUACAAACAGGAAAAGAAGAAUGCCAAGAGAAGAACAAGGAGCGUCACUUAUGAGGUCACAGAGCCUCUAUUUGGUAAUGAGGCGUCACCUCCAUGUAAGAAGCUGAAAGACAGUCUGUUCCUUUCUUUCCCAGUGGAAACAGUUUUGGCUACAGAACAAAAUGGCACUCAUGGCAAGAAAAGUGAUUUGGAAUAUCCGUUGCCAGGUUCUGAUGUGCACUGAAGAGGACUUGAAUACUAUGGGAGUUAACGAUGAUAACGAGAAAAUGAACACGUAUAUGGUUGGACCAGUGAUCUGCAGUGCUUCUCAAUAUGGAAAGGCCUAUAAGCAGUAUUCCUUGGGCAGCCUGAAGAGAAUGCAGUGAAAAGGCUGUUCUGCCAUAUUGCAUCUCUAUAGCUAGGACAUUCUUGUUAUUUCAGGACCAAAGAACAUUUGGUCUACUUGAAGUGUAACCUGCACUGGAUAGGUAGAAGUUAGUGCAGGCUAUUAGUUGGGGUGAUGCACUAAUAGUGGUGACAGAAGAACUGCUUGGUGGGUGUUGAGGUAUAUUGAUAUAGGAUUGACUCGAGUCCUUAUUAUUUCUGGAAUGUUUUCACUGAGUAAUAACGGUAAGUUUGCGAUAUGUCUUUAAGGAUGAUUCGAUGAAUUCCUCUAAAAGGUUUUGGAUUUUAAAUUCCAAUGGCUGGUACAAUUUAAUUCCCCAUGAGUUCACACAACCGCACCAAAACCGUUUGCAUUAAGGUACUUUACAGUAUGUUCUAGAUACUGUAUUGUAACACGUACUAAGAAAUGUACUUUGUACACUGUUAAGUUAUCGAUGACACAUUGUGCAUGACAUUUGUAAUCGGCUUAAAGGGUUAAAGUGUAAAUCGAUUAAUUUAUAAACUAUUAUGGACCUCACCUCUGUAUCAUCCUGUUAAUAUGGCGCAUAGGCUUUCAUGAUGCCAUUAAUAUUAGAUUUUAUGUAAUCAGCAAGCAAACUUUUCAUACUUUUUGUUUUUUGAAUUUCAAUAAAAAACUCAGUCCACAUAA